UGUUGGUUGUGUCAAAAAUGGCGGCCAAGUCAAAGAAGCGGCUGUCUAAAAUUGAAAAUAAGUUGUUAAAAUUAGAAAAAUUGAAUCUCAGCGAUGUUAUUUGUUCAAUUUGUCAGUCAAUUUUAAUAGAACCUGUAACCCUGCCAUGCCACCAUGAUUUUUGUCAAAGCUGCUUUAACGAAAGUAUUGAAAAUAACGCUUUGUGUUGUCCUUUAUGCCGAUUGCGAAUAGGUUCUUGGCUACGAACAGCGACUAAACAAAAGAAUUUAGUUAAUAAUCAGCUUUGGAAUUUCAUAAAGAAUAAAUUUCCCAAGGAAAUCGAUAAAAAAUUCAAAGGUGAAGAUGUGGACGUACCUUCAGAAACACCAUUACCCAGAUUAAGUGCACCAGGAGAGAUAAGAUCAGAAUAUGAAGCAGAGCUCAAAAGACUCCGAGCAGAACGCUUGCGGCUUGAACAAAAACAGUAUCAGGAGACAGAGCUUCUUAUAAAAAGACUCCAACAAGAGGAGCAGGAAACUCACAAAAAAUAUUUGGAUAGUCUAAAACAGGAUGAACUAUUGGCUCGGCAGUUGCAAGAAGAGAGUGCAAAGAGUAGCACUGAAGUUUCAAAGAGAAAGACUGUUAAAAGUUCCUUUAGUAAGGCCAAGUUAAAACCCACCACAAUAGAUAGUUAUUUAUCUAAAAGUGUAGCCCAAGCGACAAUUAUAAAAAAUAGUCCACUGUUAACUGACGAUAAUACUAGCACAGAUGCGUCAACUCCGAUCACUCCAUCAAAUAAAACGAUUAACCGAGUAUCUCCAGAAAUACUGCCAAGCUAUGGCAGGCUUUGGAAGAAUUUCUUAGAUAAAAAAUUGAAGACUGGAACUAGUGUUUGGAAUAAAGAAAAUGGUGAGAAACUGAAGAAGAAGGAGGGAGAACAAGAAAUGGCUGAUAAAACUGUUGGUAGUGAUGAAAAAACUACAGUUAAGACAAAAAAUGGUGUACAAUCAGUCCUAGUCUCCUUACCACUGCCACAUACGGGACUAUUGCACCACAAAACAAGUCUACCAGAUAGGAAUAUUGAGACUGGUAGUGUAGAUUCAAUGCGACAAGAAUUGUGCUACUUUAAGCCUAUAGAAGGAACAACACCAACUAGUUUCAACACAAACAAGAGUCUCCCAUUAAAAGUGCCAGGAUUGAGGGUAGAAAAAGAAAAGGUUAGCUCAAAGAACGGAAUCACACCAACUCGCGCUCAGUACAUAGACGGCCUAUGUCAACUGCGGAAUUUGUCCCUGGCCCAGAAGCUACCUUCGGCGUUUGUUGUAGCACUCAAUAUUUUGAGAUCUAAAAAGGAAAUUUCUAAAAAAAUAUCAAUAAAUACGAGGUCAAGAGUUAAAAAGAAUGCACCAAGCAAUCUAUGUGUUUCGAAUACAUUGAAUUCCAAACGUGCUACAAUAAAUAGGAACAAGCAAGCAGAACUUGUCGAUGGAAUUGUUAAAUUAAAUAGUGAGGUUUCACUGAGACGCACCAGGUCCAUGGGAAGCAUUUCAAAGGACGAAAAUGAGGUCACACCAAAGAAAAAAGUGAAGGAGAGAAAAUUUUACUCUGAUAGAAAGCCAUAUUUGAGAAGUGAUUCGAAAAGAAUGCACACCAAAACGCCAUCGUGUAGUCCGCCCUCGUUCGCCGAGAGCACUAAUAAUAAUAAGGUUAGUUUAGCUGUUAAAAAUUUAUCUAGUCCAUUGGCAAAUUGUGAUGUUAAAAACAUUUUACGGGAGCAGCUUCGAAUCGAGAAAAUAAUUGAACAGGAGAAGAGCGACUUCGAGUUGGCGCGAAAGAUGGAGGCCGAGUGGAACGGGCGCAGGCUGCGGCGUGCGCCCGCCAAGCGACAGCUCACCCUCAACUACGCCCUGAGACCUACUAAGAAGCUUAAAGUGUAGUGCAGCUACCAUAAAUUACUCACAAAAUUAAGCCAUUAACAAAUUGCCGUCUUUCGAUAAGUAGUUAAUUCUGCAUCUCGAAAUCCCGUCGAUUGAUUGUAAAUCAAAGGGACGUAUUAGGUACUAAGUAAUAUUAUAUUUUGUAAAUUCAUGUAAAAUGUAUAAGUCCUAAGCAAAUAUUCUUUUAGCCAGCGUGAAUUUUACUGUGAACUUAAUUAUUGUU